AUGGCCCCCAAGAUCUUCCUUAUAAAAUUCGGUACUAAUUGUUGUAAAAAUGCAGGCUACAUUGGUGGUGAUGUCCUAUAUCAGCUGAACAAAGUCCACCCCGACUACGAGUACACCCUACUUGUACGAAACGAGGAGCGAGGCAAGCCCGUCGCUGCAGCUUACCCCAAAGCCCGUCUCGUCUACGGCACUCUAGACGAUGGCGAUGUGAUCGAGAAAGAAGCCGCCGCGGCAGACAUUGUCGUUCACACGGCCGACUCAGCCGACAAUGUCCCUUCCGCAAAGGCCAUUGCCAAGGGUAUCGCGGCGGGCCACACGGCCGAAAAGCCGGGCUACUGGAUCCACCUCUGCGGAACGGGCAUCUUGACCUGGUACGACACGGACAACAAGCGCUUCGGACAAGCGCCGCUCCCGGACCAGAAGUACAACGACGUCGAGGACAUCGACCGCAUCCUGUCUCUUCCGGACAGCGCGCUCCACCGGGACGUCGACAAGAUCGUGCUGGCGGCGAACGACUCGCCCGGCGUCAAGACCCUGAUCGCGGGACCCCCGCUGAUCUACGGCCCGGGCCGCGGCCCCGUCAACCAGCGCAGCAUCCAGGUACCCCACAUGGUCGAGUACACGCUGAAGAACGGGCACGCGCCGAUCCACGCCCCCGGCCUGACCGAGUGGAACAAUCUGCACAUCCACGACGUGAGCGAGUUCUUCGUGCAGGCCGUCGAGGCCGCGCAGGACCCCGCCAAGGCCGCCAACCCCGAGAUCUUCGGCCCCAAGGGCUACUUCUUCCUCGAGAGCGGCGUGCACAAGUGGAGCGACUUGGCCCGGUGGGUCGCCGACGAGGCCGCGAAGCAGGGCCUCAUCCCGGAGCCCGCCACCAAGGAGGUCGAUAUCCCCUUCUUCGGCGCCAACUCCAAGGCCGUCGCCGUCAGGGCGAAGAAGUACCUCGGCUGGACGCCUAAGGCCCCGAGCCUGAAGGAGGAUAUCCCGCGAGCCGUGACUUUUGAGGCCAAGAAGUUGGGCAAGGCUUGAUUAAGCAUCUGGAGGAGAUGACGCUAUGCAAGUUUCUAUGACAGCUGUGUUAACAGAGUUUCUCACGGUAAUUCCUCAUUAAUGGCAGCCGACGAAUAUGAAAUUUAAUCCCAAAGUCCAAUCUGUUCAUUAUCGACUAAUUC